AUGGAUUAUAAUAAUACUAUUGACGAAAUCGACUUAAACAACGUUAAAAUUACUUAUGUUUUACCAUUUACAAAUCAUGAUAAUGCUGGUCUGAUGGCAAUUGCAUCACUUUAUGCAUUUUUAUUUAUGCUUGGUACUUGUGGAAAUGCUGCUACAUUAGCUGUUGUAUUUCACGUUAGAUCUGUUGAUCCGAGAGCUCGACAAAAUGCUACUUUAACUUACAUUUGUGUUUUAAGUAUUAUUGAUUUUAUAAGUAUGCUACCAUUACCGAUGACAAUUACUGAUCAAAUAUUAGGUUUUUGGAUGUUUGGAACAACAAUUUGCAAAUUAUUUCGAUUAUUUGAGCAUAGUGGAAAAAUUUUUAGUACUUUAAUUUUGGUAUGUUUCAGUAUCGAUAGAUAUUGCGGAGUUUGUCAUCCAUUAAAGGUUGAAUUACGGAAAACAAGGACAGCUUAUUUUAUGCUAACAUUUAUGUUUUGUAUAACUUGCAUUAUGCUUGCUCCAAUCAUAAUUUUUGCUCAGUCAAAAGAAAUAAUUUUACACGAAAGUUAUAACAGGGAAAAGAAUGAAAUAACACGGCUACAUUUGUUCAAAUGCGCCGAUAAUUUAGACAAUAAAUUGUUUAUUUUAUUUAGUUUAACUUGCUUUAUUUUUGCUUAUCUAAUUCCAUUGCUAAUGAUGGUUUUUUUUUAUUUUCGAAUGUUACUAACAUUAUUUGAAAAGAGUCGAACGAUAAGAAACGGAAUGCAUGCAUUUUUUUUCCGGAAAUCCUGGAUUGAAGAUAAAAUACCGGUGAUAAGGAUUGCUACUUAUACACUUCUUUUAUGCUUAUUUCAUUUUGUUUGCUGGACACCAUAUUGGAUAUCAGUACUUUAUUUACUUUAUCUUGAACUAUUUCCGCCACCUGAAUUUGAAAUGCCCAAUUCAUCAUUUAUUUAUUUUAUGUAUGGAGUGCAUGCACUACCAUAUAUUAAUUCUGCAUCAAAUUUUAUACUCUAUGGUCUUCUUAAUCGACAGCUAAAUCAAUCAUGUUCAAAGAAAUAUUCAAAAACAUCACGAAAAACACAACGUCAUUUGAUUCAAUUCAAAGCUGAUUUCACCGAUGAUAAUACAUCGAAAAUUUUACAAUAA